CUAUAAAAACACGAUAUCCUGCACUGUCAAACAUGCCACUAUUUCUAACCUCCUCUCAUGGCAGAGAUAGACGUCCAGACCCUAACAAGGAGAAUCGCCACCAUCUCCAACCACCUUCUCCUUCCCCUCUCUUCAUCUCCCUCAUCUCCUCCUUCCAUCCGACGCUGCAAUGCUUCCAUGGACGACAGUUACCACCGGACCCAUGGCGAAGUGCCGGUGCACCCACCGUCGUGGCGGACCGUCGCCACCGACGAUUCAGGGAAGGAGUUUACGGACAUCAUCUACGAGAAAGCAGUCGGAGAAGCAAUCGCGAAGAUUACAAUCAAUCGACCAGAGAGAAGGAAUGCUUUUCGUCCACAAACAGUUAAAGAGAUGAUUUAUGCUUUCAAUGAUGCUAGGGAUGAUAGUUCUAUAGGAGUGAUCAUCCUCACAGGGAAGGGCACCAAGGCAUUUUGUAGUGGCGGUGAUCAGGCAGUAAGAGGCCCAGAUGGCUAUGCUGAUUUUGAUAGUUUCGGUCGUCUUAAUGUUUUGGAUCUGCAGGUACAGAUUCGCCGUCUUCCCAAGCCAGUAAUAGCGAUGGUUGCAGGUUAUGCUGUUGGAGGUGGACAUAUAUUACACAUGGUUUGCGAUUUAACAAUUGCAGCUGAUAAUGCCAUUUUUGGCCAAACAGGUCCAAAGGUAGGAAGCUUCGAUGCUGGUUAUGGAGGUUCUAUCAUGUCUCGUUUGGUUGGGCCGAAAAGAGCACGUGAAAUGUGGUUUCUCUCACGAUUCUACAAUGCUUCUGAAGCUGAGAAAAUGGGACUAGUCAACACUGUGGUGCCGUUAGAAAAUUUAGAACAAGAGACGGUGAAAUGGUGCCGGGAGAUCACAAGAAACAGCCCAACUGCAAUUCGGGUGAUGAAAUCUGCAUUGAACGCAGUCGAUGACGGCCAUGCUGGCCUGCAGGAGAUGGCUGGCAAUGCUACAUUGAUGUUUUAUGGCACAGAAGAGGGGGCUGAAGGGAAGAAGGCAUACCUGGAACGUAGGCGCCCAGACUUUUCGAAAUUUCCUUGGCGGCCUUAGGGACCUUUUGGAUUUGCGCAAAGUUGUAUUGUGACGAGCAGUUGGAGUUACAGUAUAUGUCCAUGGUUUGUCAAUUCCCCUAUGCAAGGAAAACAAUGCACUCUGGACAAGUAGUCAUGGAUACAUGACUUGUAGACCAUGGAUUGGGUAUCUCGGUUGGAUAGGUGGCACUACUUGUCAAUAACACUUUACGGUUUUAGUGCACACGAGGAUCACAUUUAUUUGUAUUCAUGCAUGACAUGUUCCAGUGCCCCACGUGUGUGACCAUCAAGCAUCUCACAUAUGGCACAUGUAGAUGCUCUGUGUGUGACCGUCAUGUGCCCCUAGUUAAUCAAAAUUGAUUUACCAACCAAUCAAAAUUUGAUUAACUAUAUCAAUUUUAAUAUCCCUAAUUAGGGAUAUUAAAAUAUGGCACAUAUGUGAAUGUUCCACCAACCAAUCUUUAAGUUCCUUACUUGUACGCCUAUCUAUCCCGUCUAUGUUCCAGGGUGUUUGACAAACAACAGACAAAACAACUAGUCAGCAACAGCGUGACCAGCUUAGCUCUGACAGCAUUCCAUCUUGUUAGCUGUGACACAACUUUGCCUGAAUCCAAAUUGGCCCUUAGUGUUACUUUCUGUGUUGUCUUAUGCUUUGGUUUUUAUCUGAACAUUUCUUGUGAUAAAUAUGUGCUGGAAAUGGUAUUGUUGCCCGUCCAGACGGAGUAUAAACUUGAUGUGUAUUUUGUGUUUGGUUUCAAUAAGUUCCUGCAUUAUCAUUUCUACAUGUCAUGUCAGUGCCUUUUGGCAACCCGAUAAUUGAUAUGUUACUGAUAUGAUCUGAUGAGCUUAUCUUUACAUUUGGAAA